AAGACAUCGAAAAUAGACUUCACUACCAGGAACAGUUACACUUGGACUUCGAAGAGAAGGUGAACAGCCUGCAAAAACAACUUAACCAACAGGCGGAAAAAUCUGCGGACACAAAGGACAGGAGCAGAGGCAACAACUUAUGUAUCAGGGGAUUCUCUGAAACUAUUGAUAAUGUGGAAUUAUCCAUCUAUUUUCAAUCUGUGGUGAAGGCGGUCAAGCCUAAUGAUACAAAUUUUGAUCUGAGUUUGGACUGUAUCCAUAGAUUACCCAAACCCAACAGUGCACCUGCAGCGACUCUCAAGGACGUUAUAGUUCAAUUCCAUUACUAUCACGUUAAGGAAGAAUUCCUGGGAGCUACAC